AUGUCAUCAAAUCCGGAAGAACUCUUUCUUAUCAAAAAAGAUAAACAAGAAGAGAUCAAUAUUGAUAAUGAUAAGAAAGAAACAGAAGAAACCUCGAAAACUCUAUCAUCAGCAUCAUCGUCGUCAUCAGAAGAAGAAAAGGUCCAAGAGAAAGAUGAAGAAGAAGAUGAAGAUGGUUUCAGAACUCCAACAACGUUGGACCACAAGAUUACAGUGCUCACAUGUCCACCUGCACCAAAGAAAACGAAACAAUCUCUGAAAAGAAGAGCAGUAUACUGUAACUGCAGACAGUUACCACUUGAUCUGUCAAAAGAAGUUGAAUUAUUGUUACAAACUCAGCAUAUCCCAUUUACUGAUUUACAUGGCGCCAAGAAAAUUCGAAGAGAUAAUAAUCAGAAAACUACCAAAUGA